GGACGCCUACCGACACCGGCCCUGGGUCCCCUCCCUGGAAAGGGUGGGGGAAGAGCUGUCUAGUUCGGGCUGAGUUAUGAAAAACGAUCCGAGUUUUGAAAAUCCCGGUCGGUUCGACCAAUUCUGGUCUGCCACCGGCUCCAGCACGCUGCCUGCAGUGCUGCUGGAGCCCCAGCCCCGGGUUUCCCCUCAGAAAUCCACCGAAAGCUUCCGCUGCCAGCCACGUGACUGGUAAUACCAGAUUUAUGUCAGGCAGUAAGAGGCACAUUUGAGAUCUAUUAGUAAAACUAAAGAUUGGAUGUAGUAUAAACUUCUUCUGGAUGUCCCUCUAAAACAUUUAUAUAUCCACGUAAUUGUCCUGAUGGAAGACCAGCUGGGGUUCCCGUUCUGCUCUUUGUGCUGAAUAUUUGCUUGGAGAGGUGGUGAAUGAGUGAAGACAGGCUCGGUGAUGGUUCAAAUCUGGGAAUUGCCCUGGAUGUUGUUGCUGCUGAUGCUGCCCUGGGAAAAUGCCUUGAUAGGGAAUUAACACCAUUCAGUGAUGGGCUGUGGGACAAGCAAAGUGCUUCCCGAGCCCCCUAAAGAUGUGCAGCUAGACCUGGUUAAAAAAGUCGAACCUUACACAGGCCAUAAUGACAUAUACAAGCAUUUCAUCAAAGAUGACUGUGGGACUGUCAUCAAAACAGGCUCUCCCUCGCCUCCCCGUCACGCUAACCCCUAUCCCGGGAACCACCUGCCUGCCCACGUGGACCAGCCUGAGCCCCGCAAGAACAAAGUGGCUAAAUACCGUGCCAAAUUUGACCCCAGAGUGACAGCCAAGUAUGACAUUAAAGCCCUGAUCGGGAGAGGGAGCUUUAGCCGUGUUGUACGGGUGGAACACAAGGCUACCAAGCAGCCCUAUGCGAUCAAGAUGAUAGAGACCAAAUAUCGGGAGGGGAGGGAGGUGUGUGAGUCAGAGCUCAGUGUGCUACGACGGGUUCGGCACACCAAUAUCAUCCAGCUUAUUGAGGUGUUUGAGACCCAGGAUCGUGUGUACAUGGUGAUGGAACUGGCAACUGGAGGAGAACUGUUUGAUCGAAUCAUUGCUAAAGGUUCCUUUACCGAGAGAGAUGCUACGCGGGUGCUGCAGAUGGUGUUAGAUGGUGUGAAGUACUUGCAUACGCUGGGGAUCACGCACCGGGACUUAAAACCAGAGAAUCUGCUGUACUAUCAUCCAGGAACAGAUUCCAAAAUCAUGAUUACGGACUUUGGACUGGCAAGCGCUCGGAAGAAGGGAGACGACUGCCUGAUGAAAACCACGUGCGGGACCCCAGAGUACAUUGCUCCUGAGAUCCUGGUCAGGAAGCCCUACACGAACUCUGUGGACAUGUGGGCGCUGGGUGUGAUAUCAUACAUUCUCCUGAGUGGCACUAUGCCCUUUGAAGAUGACAACCGUACCCGCUUGUAUCGGCAGAUCCUGAAAGGGAAAUACAGUUACUCAGGCGAGCCCUGGCCCAGUGUGUCGAACCUGGCCAAGGAUUUCAUUGACCGUCUGCUGACAGUGGACCCCAGUGACAGGAUGACAGCCCUUCAGGCCUUGAAGCACCCGUGGGUGGUCAGCAUGGCAGCAUCUUCCUCCAUGAAGAACCUACACCGUUCCAUCUCCCAAAACCUUCUCAAGAGGGCGUCUUCCCGCUGCCAGAGCACCAAGUCCGCGCAGUCCACCCGCUCCAGCCGCUCCACCAAAUCCAACAAGUCGCGGCGGGUUCGGGAGCGGGAGCUGCGCGAGCUCAACCUGCGCUACCAGCAGCAGUACACUGGCUGAGCAGGGCUGGGACAUGCCAGGCGUCUUUCCAGAUGUCUGCUCUGCCUUGUAGGUGUGCAGCGCCCUUUGCCACACUCUCGCUCAGUGAGGAACAUCCAGGUACCUCCCUCCCUCCCUCCAGGUGUGUCCCCCGCCCAGCCCCAUGCGGAGCAGAGGUGAUCUCAUGGUGGCCAUCACACCCUGCCAGCUGUGCCGCGGGGUCUCACGCAGGAAAUGGGGGAGCCCUUGUGGGCUCAGAGCACAGCUCAGAGCCUCAAGUAAUACACAAAUUAAGGAGCCACAUGCGGAGAAGAGCUCUCUCUGUAGCCUGGGAGCUUGGUUGUUCAUAGUUAUUUAUUAAUUCCAGAGUGUUAAGUUUCUCUCACUUGCAUAUGAAAAAAAAAAAACAAACCACUUUAUGUGUAUGUACAAGCACGUAUGUGUGCACAUACACAUGUGAGUGUGUAUAUGUAUUUAAAAAUUAUAUAUUCACAAACUUUGAACUGGUUUAGUCAGACUCUGUGGUGCCUUUGCAGUGAAGCUGGUGAGUCACAUGCAAUUAGGAGUAGGAUAGCUCUGACUCACCGGCAUGCUGCCCACCAGCUCCUUGUCCCAGUACAGUGCCGAGGAGAUGCCAGACAGCAGUUUUCUGUGAUGACGGGGAAGCUGUGAGGUUUCCCCCAAGGGCUGCUAUCCACCUGAUGACGUCGAGGCUUUGCUCAAGCUGUGUGAGAGCUGCUGUGCAAAUUGGCAACGGGGCUGAAGUGCUGCGAGCUUGGAGCUGUAGUCCGGUUCCUUUGAUCUGAACUGGAUGGGUGCUGCUGGUGGAGGGGUGAGAAGAGGAUCAUUGUGCUGCAGGAAGUUCAUGGUACACAGAGGCAAGGCAGGGUUUUGGGGGUUCCUUGCUGUCCCCCUUGAAUUAUCCUUCUCCUAUUUAUGGCAAGACCAGUGCCUACCAUGCAGGAUUCAUUCUUGCUGUGACAUGGCCCUGUCAUGUCUGUGACCUGUUACACAUCUUGUGCCCUUCAGACUACUGUUACCAACCAUGUCACUUCACCAAAACUUCAGUGGUUCCAGGUAUUGCUCCCUGUCUGCAAAUUUUAUGGGGCUCCCUUGCUUUGCAUGCCUGUUCUGUCCCAGUCUUUCUGUCCCUGCUCUGGGACAGUGGUGUGGUGCUGGGAGCUGUUGGGAUGGCCACAGAUGGCUUCAUAGCAUCAGGGUAGGGGCUUGAGUAGUGGAGAUCUAAUCCUGGAGCAUCAGCAGAGAUAAUACCCUGGAGACACUGCAGGAAAACCUUGGAGCUGUUAGGUGUGAUUUAAAUCCAACAGGAAGGAGCUGCCUUUCAGGUUUCCUUGUGGUGAUGCAGGGGCCUCUUGUGAAGGACCUCUCAGGGAAGGUGGGUGCUGUUGAGCUGAGCUUUUUGCAAGCCUGCUGAGAUAUCUUCCCAGCUACUCAGAGCAGCAGAGUGGGGCUGUUGGCACAGUCUCGGGGUGGAUUUGCCUUCUUGUAAUAGCAGAGACAACAUCUGCAGUGAAGGGGAAUGCUGGGUUUUGAAGCUUUUGGUACAGAGCCAUACAGUUUGCUUCAUGCUGUGCACUUGAAGUGCUUGCUUGGUUCUGGACUGGAGAUGCAGGCUAUGCAAGCUCAAGGGGCUUGUGAGCAUGGCCCUUCCACCCAGGACUGAUGUCUGCGACACUGUUUUAGUGUCAGCAAGGUUUUAACUGGUCAGUCACAUCCCCAGGGAGCUCUGACUUUACUGGCCUCAGUGCUUCUUUGUCAGCAAACAGCAAAGCUGCUUAGCUUCAGUGGGUGAAGACUAAGUUUUCUGUUCUAAGAAAAAAAAAAAAAAGGCAUUUUUAGGGAUACACUUCCCACCCUGAAGCUGGGUUAGGUCAUAACCACUGUGAGCGCAGCCUUGUGCGUCUAAGCAUGCAAUGGGGAAUACAGCAGAGAAAACCUGAGGACAGCCAGUAUGUGUAUCAGGGGUGAAUUCUAAAUCCUUUGCAUAGUUUUGCAUAUUAUUUUGAAAACUCUGCAUCCUUGCGGGCUGCCCUUUCUCCAAGUGGCCAUCCUACCAUAUCACAUGCAGUCUUUCUUCCAUCAGCAUUAAUGGAAACCACAAAAUUACCAAAAAUUUUUUUUCAACUCUGUAGACUGUAAAAACAAAAGUUUCUUCAGCUUCUUUUACCUUCUUAUGUAGUUUUCCUGGUUCAUUACCAUAAACUAUAAACUAGAUGUGAUUUCUGACAAAACAGGUAGCUUGCCACAUUUUGCUUCAUAAACAAUUCAGUGCCUGUCAUAUUACUGCCAACAGCUCUCCAAAAGCAGCAACCACUCUAAGACAAGUAUAAACUGGAAAAUUGUUCUUGCCCUGUAUGUUAAGAGAUGGCUGGAUGCUCUCUCAGAGGGCUUCUGUUUUUUUUUAACUGUUACUCGUUAGUCUUCUAUGUGUUUGGAGCAUCAUACCCAGCCACUGUGAUCUCUUUUCCUCCCUGGGUGCUUUUAUGGCCCUCCCCAGAUUAUCUUGUAUGUUUAUCCUUAAAAUAGGUAUUUGGCCUAUGUGAGGAGGUCAAACUGAUGAACUGAGCCAAGACCUCUAGAGCUUGAGAGCCUUUCCUUUAACCACUAGACCAUCAAAACGCACAGGCGUUGUGCAGGUGCCUACCUGUGCUGUUCCUUCAUGCCUUCUCUUGUGGGGUGGGGCAUAGAUGAAGGUGGAAAGGAGAUCAGGAUGUUUAGCUCUGGUCUGACCAGGCUUGUUUCUCCACCUUCACAAAGCAGAACAAAAGUCUUCUCAUCUGUGACAAUUUUUGUUUCAUUCCUAUUUUCAGCAAUUGGCUUUUCACCAGGGAAAGUUCAGAGCAAUGUCAUUUGUGGUGAGUUUGGGCUGGAAUAUGUUCUGGGAAGCGAGAUGUUGCUAUAUAGAUUCCUGACAGCGUCAGUUUUCUGUGAUGAUACUCUGUGACUGGGAGGUGAAUUGCCAGGAAGGAUAGCUGCAGCCUGCCUCUUUGGGCUAUGGAGAUGUUUGUGGUCCUCAGGCAUCCUGCUCCUAGGGAAUUGUAUCAAAGACGACCUUUGGCUUUUCUAGAAAAAUAACUCUUAAUUCUCCUUACAAAUGCAAUGGUUUUUUGUUUGCAUGAAAAGUCAACGUAAACAUGGGGAAAAUCUUUAUAGGCUUUCCUUUCAUCAUUUGAUUAUAACACUCUUGGCUCAAUCCCUCUUCUUUUUAUAAAUUCACUAUUUGCAGGAACCCUUAUACCCAGACAAUAACAUGUGUGGGCAGAGGGGAGACUAGCAGAGCUCUGUCCAAGUGUCCCUUGGAGUCCUCUGUGAUCUUUCUGUCUUCACUCUGUCUGGAAAACUGUGAUGGUCCAAACACUAUGUUGCAAGGUCCAGCUUAAGAGCAAUUCCUUGGGAGCUUUUAUCCUUACAAUUGUUGCACACUUUCAGCUGGGUCUGGUGGGGAGGACAGGCGAAGUGCUGUAAUUUUGAGCCAUAGUUCAGGUACCUUCAAUCUGUCCUCUAGGAAAUUCUUCACUGUGAAUUAUCUCAAUCGUCUGUCUUCAUAUAUAUUCUAUAGGAGCACCUCAAUGCUCAGUUUAUCUUAAGUCUCAGGAGUUUAAACUUUUCAGGAGUGCCUUGUUUGGGGAUUUUAGAAGCUGAAAUCUCUGAAAUGUUUUUCUGCCCUUCUGUUUAUUUUUUUAUAACUCCUUCUUUGGCUCUUAAUGAUGGUUCUUUAUUUGGAUCGCAGGGUUUUUUGAACGAGUUCCUCUGGUACUGAACUAGCCAGGAGAACACAGAUAACAAAUGCAUGUUCCAGACCAUUGCUGAGUUGCAGUCUUUAUAUUAGCUGGAGUGCAAAUCUCAGAGUGCUUUUGUCUUCUGUACCUUUGUUCGUGCAAUGAAAAUGAAGUUGGAAUGACACCUAGUGGCAAGCCGUAAUGUGUCCUUGUCUAAGUACAGAGCUCUUCUAGUUAUGUUCCCAGUGUUUCUGGGUGAGAUGCUCUUCAAAGAGGAAUCUGGGUUUAGUGUGCUGAGUCUUGAACCACAUCUGCAGUCCUGGAUGUUCAGCCCUCUCAGCGUGGCACCAUUUUCUCCUGUGCUGAUCCUGAAGAACAGCAUUUUAGUCCACACAGGGAUGAGCGUGAGUCUGUGUGCACUCGCUGGAAGGGAUGCUGAAUGAUGGGGAAAAGAUGUGCAGUCAACCCCCAGUGUCUCAAGGAGAGCACCCUGCCUUGGGGAGACAUCUUAGUGGACACUAGGAGAAAGCGAAGCCUAAAGAUGCUGAGGUGAGAAUCAGCAGGUUUGAGACUUUCUUCCAUCAUGAGACACGAUGGAGCAGCUCAGGGUGUUGCUUUGCAGUGUUUCAGAGAAAUGCAGUUUGGAGGAGUAAAGGGAAUUAUGGUUGAUUGUCUUUUGGAACUUAGCAGUACUGUGUAAAACAAUCCCAUUGUUUUGUCCCGGGAGUUUGGCUGCUCUCUUGGGGGAAAGAAUUAUGCCUACAAAGAACAUGGCCUGUUGAUUCCUUGAUUAUUAUUUUUUUGAGGGUUAUUGGAAAUUAAUGUGAAAAGGUCUUCCAGAAAUAAGGUUAGGUGGUCUGCAGACUUGCAUCCAGAUUUUUGAGUACAUAAUGUAUUUUUCUAUGCAUUUUGCUAAAACAGCAAUUACUUGUCCAUGUUUGAUCUUCUUGUAAUCCUUCUCGAGCUUCCUAAAAACUACCAUGUCAACCCAGUGGCGGUAGAAAUCCCCCUUCCUUCAAUCCAGAAGUCUGUGCUGUUGAACACUGAGAUUGUGAUAGCAUCCAGAUGUUCCUGCCAGUUCCUGGGCUGUGUUGUUCUUGGAAACACACAACUGUGCGUGAGGGACAGCUUUGUAGCCUCCUGAGGAGUGUAAGCCCAGACAAAAGGGCUCUGACCUGCUGGUUUCAGUAGUGUGGAAACCAGCUGCAGUGCAAGGCCUGCAUUGCAUAUUUGUUUUGGAAAUGAUAAACCCUCAAACUCUUAACUCCUUUGGGAUUUGUAUAUUUUCUUUUUAUAGGUCAGAUCUUUUCUGCUCUGGUAAUGUACAUUCUUUCUUAUACCCUGCUCCAUUUCUCAAUCCCGCUUUCUACCCAGGUGUUUGGCUGAAGUACUAAUAUAAUCAACUUUUAUAUAAUGCACAAACUGGAAUAGGAAUUGUGAUUAAUUCAGCUACUGGGCAGCAACUCUGGAUUUGGCUCUGAGGAGCCGUAGUGAGUCUUGGAGCAAAGCAAAAGCAUCUGCACAGUGCCUGGCUUGUGGGAGAAGGCUCCCUUUGAGGACCCUGCAGUGCAGGCUCAGCUCAAGGUGAUCUGGUGCAACAUAGGACAACUAGUAUGUGGCUGUUACAGGCCUCUUAUUAGACUGCAUGGGGCCAUAUUCCUAUUCUAAGUGAUGAUACUAAAGAUCUGGAGGGUUUGAGGUGGGGUAGAUUAAAAUCUCAAUUGUGUGAUUUAAUUAGGUUUUUCAAAUGAUGCAGAGCAACACAGAGAUUAGCUGGGGGGGGAGGGGGGAGGGAUAUCACACCCUCUGGAGGAGUUGCAAACUGUUCCCUGGUAGCACUGUAUUCCAGAUGAGCCCUUGGAUUUGCGGGGGGGGGUGGGGUGGGGUGGUUGUGUCCCAGCCUCUCACCUCCUCAGCUUUGUCCUGGAAGAUACCACAAAGUGCCUGUACCGCUCGGUGCCGGAUACCCAGCCCCAAGUUGCCUACGCCACUCUUGGGAGGGUUUUGGUGCUUUUUUUGACCACUCGGGCUCCUCUUUCCACCUGGGUUAAGAACGCAGCCCUUGGGUGCUUGAGAGGCAGGUGCCUGCACAUCAGCUGUGCCUUACUGUUCAGUAAAUUUGCCAAAAAAAAUGUGAAGCAGCGGGGAUUGUGUGGUGGCAACAGCAUCAUGGAGUUUGGUACCUUCCACCCUCAGUGUCCCUGCUGUGGAGGAUCAUGAGAGGCUGCUGCCUGCCCGAUGAUAGUUUUUUCCUUCUGCUGUUCCCCCCCAGCCUCCCUGCACCAUAAUACUGUAGAUCUCUCGUGUGAGAUGGGCAAGCUACUCGCUGCUGUUGGAAAUCACGUUGCACUGUGUGUGUGUGCCGAGCCUGGAGGAGCUCCACAGCCCCAAUGAGGUGCGUUAAAAACGAGCAGUUCCUGCGAGGGCACCCAGAUGCUGUGAGUUUUCCUGUUGCCUGUCACUACGGAAAGACACCUCCCGGGAAGCUCUUGGGACUGAAGGUCUUCCGGCACUUGCUGUUAUUUUUGGUUGCCAAAUUUCCGGUGCUGGGUUGAAACAGUUUGAAAGUAACUCCAGUUGCAUCCCAUUAGUCUCCUAACAGGGCUGUUUUGAGAAGCAUCCAGUUCUGUGACUCACCUUUGGAGUCCUGUCUUUACACUAAGGACUGUCUUGAAGGAUGAAGUCUGAACCAUUGUAAUUAGUCUGUAACAUUACAGUUAGAGUGUACAGAACUAUUUAUUUUGUGUACUCAGUCUGCUAAACAUGUAAAUGUGUACCCAUCGCUCUGCUGUCUUUACUUCUGGCUCCUGGAUCUGCACAUGGGUUGACUGCUGAAGGGCUCUGCUUUCUGUUCUGUGAGCAAUGGUCAGUGAAUGCAUCAAUAGACAGGAGCUGCUCACCCCUCUAACGUGCUCUUGGAGCACAGCAAGAAGGUACCAAAGUGCCUGUAAGAGUUUGCUGGUUGCUUGAAUGCAGCUGCCAGGCCAGGAGCUGCCUGAGGGAGACCUUGUGCAGGGCUGGGGUGUCCACAGGGAUGCUCUGGGUGAGCCAGGCCCUCAGCCUCUCGCUGGAAGGCAGGGUUUGGAGGCUGAACAGGCGCUUUGGGACAUUUUGUUCACUUUUUUUUUGGCUGCAAAGUGGCAGACAGGGCCAGAGAAAUACCCUCGUUUGCCCACAGCAACUCAUUACCUCUCUGGUUUCACUCUGAGCAGCUUUUAUGGGUGAAUGGGAGGACCUCUAAUAGCAAAUGAAAAAUGCACACCCCUUGUGAACCAUGUCCUCCUGGAAGGGAGGUGAUUUUUCAGGGGCAAGAAACUGCAUCCCAGUGGUGACGGGGAUCAGUGACCUCAACAACACAGAGCAAGUGACCCAUAGUGCUGCAGUUGAUCAGUUUGAAGCUCCAUGUGGCCACCAGUUCCUUCCACCCAUCUGGCCCACCCCAUAUCUACCAUGUUCAACUCUCUUUAAGGUCAUUUAGCAGCUAACUAAAGCCAAAACUGGGAGUCUGCUGUUUUCAUGUGACGGGUCUUAUUUCAGGUCCACACUCUAAAUGUCAUGGCAGACCGGUGUGUUACCGAGCACAGCUGCUGCUGCCAGCCUUGGGGGAGAUUUGCAAGGAGCCCGGCCCCUGUGCCCUUCUCCCCUGUGUCCCAGGAGAGGCUUUCCAAGGCA